AUGGACAGCGCCCGCGAAGCGACUCAGGGGCUCUUGGACGCCGCGGGCUUCUGGCAGGUCUGGCAGCGCUUUGACGCGGACGAAAAAGGUUACAUAGACGAGGAGGAACUCGAUGCUUUCUUUCAUCACGUGCUGACAACGCUGGGUACUGAGGAGGCGGGCAUGGAAGAAAAUGUGCAGAGAAUGAAGCAACAGUUCACGGGUCUGCAGGGUGUCUCCAGAGGUGGGCGCGUGCUGAUGAAAGAGCUUGCCAACAUGUUCUUGUCUGAAGAUGAAAACUUCCUGCUGCUCUUUCGUCAGGAAAACCCCUUGGACAGCAGUGUGGAGUUUAUGCAGAUUUGGCGCAAAUAUGACGCUGACAGCAGCGGGUUUAUAUCAGUGGCUGAGCUGCGCAACUUCCUCCGAGACCUCUUCCUCCACCACAAAAAGGCCAUUUCGGAGGCUAAGCUGGAAGAAUAUACUGGCACCAUGAUGAAGAUCUUUGACAAAAAUAAGGAUGGCCGGUUGGAUCUGAAUGACUUGGCAAGGAUUUUGGCUCUUCAGGAAAACUUCCUUCUCCAAUUUAAAAUGGAUGCUUGUUCCACUGAAGAAAGAAAGAGGGACUUUGAGAAAAUCUUCGCCCACUAUGAUGUUAGUAGAACAGGAGCUCUGGAAGGCCCGGAAGUGGAUGGCUUUGUCAAGGACAUGAUGGAGCUGGUCCAGCCCAGCAUCAGCGGAGUGGACCUUGAUAAAUUCCGGGAGAUUCUUUUGCGCCACUGCGACGUAAACAAGGAUGGAAAAAUUCAGAAGUCCGAGCUGGCUUUGUGUCUCGGGCUGAAAAUCAAUCCCUAACCCCCAGAACGCUUUGCCUUUUGCUCUUACGGUGUCUCUGUGCUCCUGCUGCUAAACCUCUGUCUGUGCUUUGCUGUGGGGACGCGCGGGCAGAC